AGAGAGCUACAACGACUCUUGUUCUACUCUCUGUCUCUCUAUCUAUCUCUUUCCCCUCACCAACUCUCCUCGGCGUAUUGCGUUGCCGGAAUCUCCGAGGCGACGCCGUCUGUAAUUUCAUCUCCGAUUUGAACAUCUUUGCGCGCAUUUGGUGGGGCUUAUAUGUAUCUGAGUAUUCUUCAUGCCGAUUAAUUUAGGGGUUUUAAGCUGAUUUUCGUGGAUGGGCCAGAAGAAGAAAACCCCGGCGCCGUGGGAUUCGGCUGUGAUCAAGCUAGAAUGCGAGAAGGCACUCAAGUCAUUCGGGCGGGGGAGCUACAACAAGGCGAUUCGUCUCAUUAAGGAUUCGUGCUCCCGCUAUCAAGACUCUGCCCUAGCCCACCGUGUUCAGGGAACUAUCUGCGUCAAGGUUGCUUCUGUCUACGAAGAUCUAGCUACCAAACACAAGUAUCUCCGCAAUGCAAUUGAAUCUGCUAGAAAGGCUGUUGAGUUGUCUCCCAAUUCGAUUGAGUUUGGCCAUUUUUAUGCCAACUUGCUCUACGAGGCUGCAAACGAUGGCAAGAGAGAUUACGACGAAGUUGUGCAAGAGUGCCAACGUGCUCUCUCCAUUGAAAAUCCGAUUGAUCCUGCUAAAGAGUCUCUUCAGGAUGAGACUCAGCUGAAGAUAUUGACACCUGAGGCUCGUAUUGCACAUGUCCAGGAUGAGCUCAGGUCUCUGAUACAGAAAUCUAACAUUGGUUCUUUGUCCACUUGGAUGAGUAACCUGGGAAAAGGUGAUGAGAAGUUUCGGUUGAUUCCCAUUAGGAGAAUGGCUGAGGAUCCUAUCGAGAGUAACUUGAUUCAGAAUCAGACCAGGAGGCCGAAUGAGAUUAAAAAGGCUACCAAGAGUCUUGAAGAGAUAAGGAAGGAGGUUGAAGUCAGGGUAGCUGCAGCUAGGUUGAUACAGCAGAAUUCAGAGUCUUCAGCAGCGGAGAAUGUUGGAACUGUUGACAACAAGGGAUCCGAUGCAACACUAGGCGCCGGGCCAAGAAGCGGUGAGAGGAGAAAGCAUGGAAAUGCAAGGAAAAACGGCUCCACAGCAGACAGAAGGGAUCGGGUUAGGUCAUACUGGGAUUCUAUGAGCAACGAAAUGAAGAAAGAAUUGCUUAGAGUUAAGGUAAGUGAUCUUAAAAGUCACUUUAUUGCUUCAAAGGAUGGGGAUGCAAAUGAGAUUAUAAGCGAAGCUCUCUCUUUUUGUGAGGCCAACAAGACAUGGAUUUCUUGGGUUUGCUGCCGGUGUAAUGAAAAGUUCAUGGAUUCUGAGGCUCAUAUGCAGCAUAUUGUGCAGGUGCACAUGGGUAAUAUCAUACCUAAGAUGCAGAUGGUUCUGCCUCAGAAUGUUGACACUGAGAGGAUUGAUAUGCUCCUUAGUUCCCCAUGGAAACCAUUGGAUCUCUCUGCUGCAGUGAAUUUGCUUAUCAGUCAGCAGAAAAUCCAAAACUUUGAGUUUAAUGAGAUUCACUCUGGAGGAGAUAAUAUGGAAAAUGGUGACGACUGCUUCAAGGAUGCAUGGAAUGAUACUUCACCAAAGAAAGAAAGCCUUGGAGAUGCUUGCAACGGUUGUGAUGAGAAUGAAUCUGAAGAGGGUAAGUCAUCGAUCGCAUUUCCUCCUCCUGAUGGAUGGCCAAUAUCUGAUGAUCCUGAACGUGCAAAGCUCCUUGAAAAAAUCCGUGCAGCCUUUGAACUACUUAUCAGACACAAAUACUUAGCUGUCAGCCAUCAUGAUAAGGUGAUCCAAUUUACCUUGGAUGAACUCCGGAAUCUACCCUCGGUUUCACAAUUCGUGAAUCAUAGCUUGAACCAGUCACCCAUAUGCAUCUGUUUUUUGGAAGCUUCCCAACUCAGGAAAAUUCUCAAAUUCCUGCAGGACUUGUCUCAGGCCUGUGGAUUGAGUCGAUAUUCUGAACAAAGUAACCCCAAUGAUGAAAUUAAUUUUGGUGACCUUGGUCGUGAAGUUACAGAGGAGAUUCAUUUUGAUGCUGAAGAUUCAUGUCUUCUUCUGGAUGAAAAAUUGCUUGGCACUGAGUGCUUCCAAGAGAAAUUUAUGGGCUCACCAUUCCAUAAUGUAGUUAUUGCAAGUUCCGGAGAUAUUGCUAAUGGCGAUAAUGUGUCUGCUGGUGCGGAUGGAUUUCUUUCAUGGAUCUUCACAGGACCCUCUAGCGGUGAACAAAUUGUGUCAUGGAUGCACACAAAGGAAGAGAAAACAAACCAAGGGAUGGAGAUCAUGCAGAUUCUUGAAAAGGAGUUCAGUCACUUGCAGAACUUGUGUGAGAGGAAAUGCGAACACUUAAGCUACGAGGGAGCUUUGCAAACUGUUGAGGACCUUUGUCUUGAAGAAGGCCGUAAGAGGGAGACUUCAGCAGAGUUUACCCAUGAGAGCUAUGAAACUGUGCUGAGGAAACGAAGAGAAGAGCUAAAUGAAAGUGACCAUGAGUUGGUGUUUAUAAGUAGUCGGUUUGAGUUAGAUGCUAUAACAAAUGUGUUGAAAGAUGCAGAAACUCUUAACCACAAUCAAUUUGGAUAUGAAGAAACAUAUGGAUGCACGAGUUCUCAGCUACGUGAUCUGGAAUCUGGUGAAGCUGCUGUGUGGGGGAUGAGGGAUUCCUUACAUGAGGCUGACAGUUUUAUAGAGAUUGCGAUCCAGAAACAAAAAGAGCAGUUGUCUGCAGAGCUUAGCAGAAUUGAUGCGCAAAUGAUGCGAAAUGUCACUGGGAUGCAGCAAUUAGAGCUGAAACUUGGACCAGUUUCCUUCAUCGAUUAUCAGAUAGUAUUGUUACCUUUGGUGAAGUCCUACAUGCGGGCACAUUUAGAGGCGUUGGCAGAGAAAGAUGCCACUGAGAAGUCUGAUGCUGCAAGAGAAGCAUUACUUUUUGAGCUUGCUCUUGAUUCUAAGAAGGAGGCUCGAGGAAGAAAUGAUAAUUCAAAACACAUGCUAGAAAAGUCCAAGGAUAAGAAAAAGAUUAAAGACACUAGAAAACUGAAAGAUUUAAAGGCUACUAUUGGAAACGACCAUCGCUUCAAUGGUGAUUCAACUGAACAUAGCCAACCUUCUGUUGCAUCUUUUGGUGAUCAUUCAGAGGCUGAUGUUGUUUCUGAAGCCGUUGAAGCUUUAAAUGAACAAGAAGAGGAAUACAGACGCCGUAUAGAACUAGAGGAAGAGGAGAGGAAGCUUGAAAAGACCCUAGAGUAUCAAAGAAGAAUUGAGAAUGAAGCUAAGGAGAAACACAUCGCAGAACAGAAAAAGAAAUACAGCUCUUUAGUGCUGAUGAAUGCGACAGAGGCAGUGUAUAAUGAUCGCAUAGAAAAUUUCGUCGAUGAUUUAGAUUUACAAGAACCUGAAAAAUCCAUAAAUCAGGAGAAAAGGAAUGGACAACUUAAUCACUUUGAAGUAGCCAAAGUGAAUAUAAAUGGUGUUAUCCCGGCAGUAGAUCAUUGUUUGAUAUCUGAUGUUAAAAAGGUGCAGGAUGUAAAAUCCCAAGAAGUAGUUCCUAAUGGCAUAGCUAUUCAAGCUGGUGUUCUGCAAUCUGAUCAACGCAUUGGGAGGAGAGGUAGACGACAAAAAGCUUCAAACAAGUUGGGUGAUGGAAAAUAUCAGGUCACACCUUCUGAGAGCGAGAAUAGUAAAUCUCAGAGGUCAGACACCGAAUGUGAGGGACAAUCUGAAAGUCUAUGUUGCAAUGGUGAUGCGGGAACAAAGACAUUAAGACAAUUACAAGCUGAAGACGAUGAAGAAGAAAGGUUUCAAGCUGACCUUAAAAGAGCAGUACUUCAAAGCCUUGACGUAUACCAAGGAGGUAGAAAUAUGACUUCAUAUUUGAGGACACCCCUGGAAGUAAAUAAUGAUGGAGUUCUAUCUGUUGUCACAAUGAAAUCUCAGAACACGACCGAGGUUGCCUUGUUUGGAACUGGUCUUCAGAAUGAAGUUGGGGAAUACAAUUGCUUUUUAAAUGUUAUCAUACAGUCUCUAUGGAAUCUGGGGCUGUUUCGCACUGAGUUCUUGCAGAGUUCAACACUAGAGCACCAUCACGUGGGAGAACCCUGUGUUGUCUGUUCACUGUAUGAAAUUUUUACUGCUUUAAGCGCGGCUUCAAGUGAAACACGAAAAGAACCGGUGGCUCCUUCAUCUCUCAGGAUUGCUUUGAGUAACUUGUAUCCAGAUAGCAGUUUUUUUCAAGAGGCUCAGAUGAACGAUGCUUCCGAAGUAUUGGCUGUAAUCUUUGACUGCCUUCAUCGCUCAUUUGCUCAAAACUCAAGCUUGUCUGACACAGAAUCUGCUGAGAGCAACAGUACGGGUUCAUGGGACUGUGCUAAUCGCACAUGUAUUGCCCAUUCUCUGUUUGGAAUGGAUAUUUAUGAGCAACUGAACUGCUACAGCUGUGGGCUGGAGUCCAGACAUUUGAAAUACACAUCCUUUUUCCAUAACAUCAAUGCUAGUGCCCUACGCACCAUGAAGGUUACCUUCGCUGAAAAGUCAUUUGACGAACUUCUAAAUCUUGUCGAGAUGAACCAUCAAAUAGCCUGUGAUCCUGAAGCUGGUGGGUGUGGGAAACCCAACCAUAUCCACCAUAUUCUCACCACUCCACCUCAUGUUUUUACUACAGUUUUAGGGUGGCAAAACACAUGUGAAACUGUAGAAGACAUAGCAGCUACUCUUGAAGCCUUGAAUACAGAGAUAGACAUCAGUAUCGUGUACCGUGGUCUAGACCCUAAGAGCACAUAUAGCUUAGUUUCCAUGGUUUGUUACUAUGGACAGCAUUAUCAUUGCUUUUCAUUUAGUCAUGAGCACAAUCGGUGGAUCAUGUACGAUGACCAAACCGUCAAGGUUAUCGGUAGCUGGAGUGAUGUACUUUCUAUGUGUGAGAGAGGACACUUGCAACCACAGGUUCUUCUCUACGAAAAGAAACGUUAAAUAAGAAAAAGAAAAGGAAACAAAAAAAAAACAGCAAGUAGAGUUACGUUGCUACAGUUUUGGAGAUGGCCCAAGUACAAACUGCAAAGAAAGUAAGUACUAUUUUUUUGAUAAUGGAAAACUCAGAGAGGAAGGAAUGUGAUUUUACUCUAUUCAUCAUCAUAGUCGUUCUAAGAAGAUGGGGAAGAAGAUUUUGUCGUAAGAAUUAAGCAAUAGUGUUUGUGGAAGAGGUUUUAGAAGAUGUCAUUUAGUAAAUCUUGGCCAAAAAAUCAUCACAUUAAGCAUUAUAUUGUUCAUAUAGAUCUAUACAAUACAACCUUCGAGAAAAUAAAAUGAAAAUUCCUUACAACCU